AUGGUGAACUAUCAUCUUAUUGUGUUAGUCCAUGGAGUUUGGGGCAAUCCAUCUCAUAUGGGCUACUUGGCCCACCAGAUCGAGAAAAUGUCCACCUCUAAUCCCAACGACGAGAUUGUCGUCUAUAGAACUGGCUCCCACUCGGGUUAUUUGACCUAUGAUGGUGUCGACAUCAAUGGAAAGCGAAUUGCCGAUGAGAUCGUGGCCAAGAAGGAUGCUCUUAAUGGAGAAGAAGGCACCGUCACCAAAUUCUCUUUGGUUGGCUACUCCAUGGGUGGCUUGGUAUCUCGAUAUGCUCUUGGUAUCUUGUACCACCAACAUUUCUUUGAGACCAUUGAGCCUGUCAACUUUGCUACUUUCUGUACUCCACAUGUGGGUAUCGUCAACCCAGGCCUGUCGCUUCUGGCUCGCUUGUAUAACAUGAUCGGGCCACAUACCAUUGCCGAAACAGGUAAGCAAUUCUUUCUCCGGGAUAAAUUGUCUGGUCAUGACGAUUAUGUGCCGUUAUUGCAGUGGAUGUCAGAUCCAGCAUCCAAAUUCUAUAAGGCAUUGGAGAUUUUCCAGAAUAGAUCGUUAUAUGCCAAUGCCAUAAACGAUAGACGUACCAGUUGGUAUUCCACGUCGAUUUGCGAUGUGGAUCCCUUCAAUUCCAUGGUCAACGAGUCGCUUAGUGCUUACGACAUGAAAUACAUUGACGGUUACUCCCCCACCAUCAUUGAUUUCUCUCAGCCCAUUACUUUCCGCAAGGUGGAGCCUAUUGAAACUCCAGGUCUUACUUUACAAAGAUUCUUCUACAAGACACUCACCUGGUUGGGUGUUUUGGGUCAGUUUAUCUUGAUCACACCCAUUUAUUCAUUGUUUCUUUUGGCCAAUGCUAUUUGGCAGAGAGUCAAGAUGAACAGACGUCUUAAGGACUUUUACCGUGAUGGAGCUGAUAGCUUACUUGCCUUGUAUGAGAUAGUCCAUGAUGAGGUGGCAAUGUCGAGCGAAGAUCAGCAGGUCGAGGACGAGGAAAAGCAGACGAACGGGGACGAUUACAGCGAUAGUGAUGCCGAGUCUUUCAUGGGCGGUGUAUCUGAAAGAAUCAGAGAUCAGACUGACAUCUUCAUUGAGUCUAUUUUUAGUGCUGUGAACAGUAAAAGUUACUUUGACUAUCACUACAGCGUGAGCAAGCCUUCUAAAGGUUUAACUUUAGAGAAUUUGGGAGACGAUUCCGAGACUCCUUUGUUGGAAGAUAAGCCUCUAGUGAACCUUAAGGGACAGAAGGUGACCACUGACUUCAAAUUGAAUUUGACUGACCUGCAAUACAUCAUUGUGGCCAACUUGAACACUUUGAAAUGGAAUAAAUUUCCUGUGAUCAUCCGAGAUACCAAGGCAACCCAUGCCGCUAUCAUCCAUAGACACAAUGACCCAACAUUUAGCGAAGGCAGGGUUGUUGUACGCCAUUUCGUCGAACAGGUUUUGAAGGUAUAG